AUGGUCUCUACCCCACGGUCCAGCCUCUAUGGUCUCUACCCCACGGACCAGCCUCCAUGGUCUCUACCCCACGGUCCAGCCUCUAUGGUCUCUACCCCACGGGCCAGGCUCCAUGGUCUCUACCUCACGGACCAGCCUCCAUGGUCUCUACCACACGGACCAGCCUCCAUGGUCUCUACCCCACGGUCCAGCCUCUAUGGUCUCUACCCCACGGACCAGCCUCCAUGGUCUCUACCUCACGGACCAGCCUCCAUGGUCUCUACCACACGGACCAGCCUCCAUGGUCUCUACCCCACGGACCAGCCUCCAUGGUCUCUACCUCACGGACCAGCCUCCAUGGUCUCUACCACACGGACCAGCCUCCAUGGUCUCUACCCCACGGACCAGCAUCCAUGGUCUCUACCACACGGACCAGCCUCCAUGGUCUCUACCACACGGACCAGCCUCCAUGGUCUCUACCACACGGACCAGCCUCCAUGGACUCUACCUCACGGACCAGCCUCCAUGGUCUCUACCCCACGGACCAGCCUCCAUGGUCUCUACCACACGGACCAGCCUCCAUGGUCUCUACCCCACGGACCAGCCUCCAUGGUCUCUACCACACGGACCAGCCUCCAUGGUCUCUACCCCACGGACCAGCCUCCAUGGUCUCUACCUCACGGACCAGCCUCCAUAGUCUCUACCCCAAGAAUCAGCCUCCAUGGUCUUUACCCCACGGUCCAGCCUCCAUGGUCUCUAGCUCACGGACCAGCCUCCAUGGUCUCAAGCUCACGGACCAGCCUCCAUGGACUCUACCUCACGGUCCAGCCUCCAUGGUCUCUACCUCACGGACCAGCCUCCAUGGUCUCUAGCUCACGGACCAGCCUCCAUGGUCUCUACCUCACCGACCAGCCUCCAUGGUCUCUACCCCACGGACCAGCCUCCAUGGUCUCUACCCCACGGACCAGUCUCCAUGGUCUCUACCCCAAGAAUCAGCCUCCAUGGACUCUACUCCACGGACCAGCCUCCAUGGUAUCUAUCUCGCCUUCCUUCCUUCUCCAGCACUCGCCUGAUAUCUGA